GCUGAUUGGAUGAGGCCAAUCGAAGGAGCCGAGCUGAUUGGCGGAUUGGGAACCCCCGCCAACGUGGGGGCGCACCCUCCGGGCCAAUCACAGUGUCAUAACUCAGUGUCUCUGACCCUCGAUGUCCUGAUCAUUGAGGGAACUCACCAGCGAAAAGAGUUGCAAUCGAGAGGUGGUCAAAUUUAUCAGACCGAGGCCCAAAGGUUUUGAAUGGAGGAUUGACGGAGGCCAGCUCCCGGCAUGAGCAACCUCCUACACAUCGGAAUGGCACAGGAGUUGGGGGGAAAUCCCAGCGAGGACAAGUCUGACGGUUCAGAAUGGUCGCGAAUGCCUCCUCCUCCUCCUCCUCCUCUGCCCCCACCUCCGCCCUUUCUGGCCCCGACUUCUGUACCAUCGAAAAAGAAACUGUACCAGCUUCUUGCUGGUCAGCGGUUGCCAGUGAUUGGAGACCGGGAGGAGGUGAAGAUGCUGCUCCAGAACAGACCUGACAGUUUCAGUAAAGAACUGAAUUGGCUCCUUAUUAAUAAAUAUGUCCCCUCGCUCAUCCAGGAUGGUCCACAGUGUGGCCUGGUCGCUCUAUGGAUGGCUGGACAUUUGCUGAACACGUGUGAAGUGAGGGAUCUGGAGGAGAUUGUUGGAUGUGCAAAGGCCAGAGGCUACACUGUUCAAGGAGAAAUGUUCUCAGGUGCAAAUAUGGUGAAACUGGCUGAGGAAGUUUUUCAAUGUCACGGUGAACUCCUCAAUGGAGGCUUAAUGGGAAGGAACAAAGUCAGAAUAUUGCACCACCUCCUCGCUGGUUAUCCUGUGUUAAUACCGUACGAUGAAGAUUUCAACCACGAGCCCUGCUUGCGGAAAGGACACAGAGCUCACUGGGCAGUUGUUUCAGGAGUGCUGCUGGGACUGAAGUGUGGUCUGCCAGAAGAUUUCUACGAAGAAGAUCCUGAUAUCCCUGGGCUUUUCCAUCGGCGUGCGAAUGUGCCUGGAGCCGGCUAUCCUGAGGACUGUGUUGUCGAGACACACCUGCUUGCCAAGCAAGGGAAGAGUCUGAAGUACCAGUUGUGGCAGUACGAGCAAGUACAUAAGAGUAACAUGCAGCUGACAGAGUUCAGCCCAAAGCGAGAGUAUGACGGAACUGUCUACGUGGUCCCUGACGGGGGUGUGGAGUCAGGAUUGUGCGGGGCUGUGAUUCUUCUCCAACCUUUGUCUCAGGAACAAGACAAAAGUUAGCCGCUUCCAAGAGCACUGACUUCGUAAAAGAGCUUUGAUUAACUAGCACCUUUCAAGAACUCAGGACAUCCCAAAGUGCUUCAUAAAAGUACAAUAGUUUCUAAUUGUUGUAAUGUAGGAAAUGUGUUAAUCAUUUUGUUUGCAAAAGCUCUGGCAAACAGUAAAUGAGAUGGUGACCAGGUCA